CCCACCAUAAAAAAUCAAAGGUCCAAGGAUUUUGAAUUUUUCAAAAAAGGCCAGAAAUAAGAACUUAAACCAAUUAUUACAAAAAUGGAUGCAAAAUACGAGUUUGUCGCCAACAACGAACACCAAUUCAUUUUCCGGACCAAUAACACAGCCGAGAAUUUUAAAUUAAUUUCAAUCGAUAUCACAAAUCUACAGGAUCCCAAAUCAUGGAAAGACCUUGUACCUGAAAAUGAUAAAGAUAUAUUAAAAUGGGCUUUGGCAGCACAUGACAACUAUAUGGUCUUAUGCUAUACAAGGGAUGUUAAGAACGUUCUUCAAUUAUAUGAAAUAACAUCUGGUCAAAUGAUACACGAAUUCAAAUUGGACAUUGGGAUGGUUGGAAAAGAUAGCUGCUACUGCGAUAGAAAAUCUUCACAUCUGGUUUUUCUCUUUAAAUCGCCCCUCAUCACUGGUAUCAAUUAUCAUUGCGAUUUAUCUAAACCAUCAUUUGAUCUCGAGAUUUUAAAUGAAGCCAAGGUAAAAAAUUUCGAUCGUGAGAAAUUUACUGUGGAACAAAUAUUUUACUCGAGUAAAGACGGAACUAAAAUACCCAUGUUUAUCAUUCAUAAAAAGGACCUCAAAAAAGAUGGAAACAAUUUCACGUACAUGUUCGCAGUGGGUGAUUUAGGUUGCAGUAUAUUCCCUUAUUUUACCACUAGUACUACAGCAAUCAUCAGUAAUUUCGACGGCGUAUAUGCCAUGCCAAGUAUUCGAGGUGGAGGGGCAUAUGGCGAGAAAUGGCACAAAGCCGGAAUGAUGGAGAAAAAACAGAAUUCUUUUGACGAUUUUAUAGCAGCUGCUGAAUAUCUGAUCGAAGCAAAGUACACCAAUAGCAAACUACUCGCUAUUGAGGGUGGAGGUGCAAACGGAGGUCUUUUAGCAGGUGCUUGUCUUACUCAAAGACCUGAUUUAUUUGGAGCCGUUUACGUCGAUGAAGGGACAUUGGAUAUGCUGCGAUUUGACAAAUUUACUCAACAAAAGGUAUUAGUAGACGAGUAUGGUUCGCCUACCGAUCCAAAUUUUUUCCCUCUUUUGCGCAGCUAUUCUCCUUUACAUAAUAUUAAAAUUCCAGAAGGUUGUGACAAGCAAUAUCCUGCUAUCAUGUUGUACGCCACGGGUCUUUGUGAUCCAGACGCACCUCUCCACUUAUUAAAAUUCGUCGCCACAUUACAAUACGAGGCUAAAAAACACCCCAAUCAGAAAAAUCCUUUCAUUCUCAGUAUGAAAACAGAUACCGAUGAUACUAGUAAAUCUAAUAAACAAGACGAUCAUAUGUUUGACGAUAUCAUAGACAUGAUGUCCUUCUUCAUAAUCAACCUAGGAAUCAAGUUCCAGUCUUACGUUUGUCAGUAAAAUUUCAAGUGCAUCUUCAAAUAAUUUUUCAAUUUUUUUUUUUCAAAAUUGUAAAUAAAAUGAAUAGAAGCUAAGAGGUAAGACGGGUUGGUUAUUUAUUAAUGAUUGGUCGCCUAGUUUAGGUAAGUAGGUAUAUUAUUUAUUCGAAUAGGUAUGUAACAUAGUUCUAAAAUUCAAUAAAUUGUAAGAAUUC